AUGUUCCCACCUGGCCAGGACGGCGACAAGUACCGUCUCGUGUAUAGCAAAUCUAAAGUGUAUGUCAAUCCCACAGCUUAUGCUAGAGACAACAUCCCUGGUUUCGUGGCACUGGUCAAACGAGAAGCUAUCAACCCUACCUAUCUACUUGCUUGGAUACCCGAGACCCUGCUAAACGAGAAAGGAACAGCGGAAUGGGAUAAGUUUGUCAAGAUCGAAGAGAAAGCUGUUUUAGACGAAGAGGACGAUGACGCUGUCCUCAUAGAUCUUCCUACUCAACGGCCGGAGUCAUACGCUUUCUCAGUACCCCUGACAGCCAUUUACUCUCUUAUUGUAUUGCAGCCUUCUUUAUCGUCGUGGUAUGGAUCUAUUGGCAUUAACCUCAUAAACGGAUCCACGCUCCCCACACUCCAUUUCCAUGAUGAUGAAUCACUUUCGUUCAUUUUACCUUCUCGUCGCAAUCGUCAAAGUUCCCCAGCCUCUACAUCUUACCGUCCUGCUUCUCCUAUCUCUCCAACGUUAUCCAGACCUUCCAACUCAUGGGGCGGGGAAGAUCUUCUGUCGCGCCUGCGCUCGUAUGCACAUAUCAUGCGUUCGACCUUGCAACCAACUUUAUUCCUAGUAGACCCUUCCCGAGCUGACGUGGAAACCCACUCUGUGCAAGUAUUCUCUGACGAUGCCGUUGACGAUAUUCUGGCCCAAUCCUCGUAUGCAAACUCGCACUCACCAGUCCCAGCGCAUCGCCGACCACGUCCACUUUCAUCAUCAGAAUCACCAAACCCCUACUCCGCUCGACCAUCCGUUCUACAUCGCUCUCUCUAUCCUCCAUCUAUCUCAUCCUCUCCAGAGUCAUCUCGAGCACGCAUGGCUCUUCUGCAGUCGUUCUCGAAUAUAACACGAGCCACGAGACACGCUGCGCAGAACAUUCUUUCUCAUCCACUAGCGAAGCCCAUCAUCCCUCACCUGCCAGAUCCAGUCAAAAGCCUUGUAAACGCGAAUGGUGAAUGGGAAUGGGGAAGCUGGGUGGAGAAGGGUGGCGUUGGAGAAUUUGAGAGCGCGCGUGUCUAUCUCGCACGAUGGGCGCGUAUUGUAGCGGAGGAGGGUGAACGCUCGCGACGAAAGGAGGCACAGACACUGCCCUCUGUGUCUUCAUCAGAUGUGGCUGAAGAGACCUCUUCGCUGGGUGUCUUCGAGCUGCUACACUCUACGAUCAAUCUACCCCCUCCAAAUACUUCCAGGGAUCCAACGCACCCUAUAGAUGAGAAGACCUGGGAGAAGUGGUUUGCGGACGAUGGAAGGCCAAAGAUACGGGUCGAGGAAAUGAAGCGGGAGAUAUUCAGGAGGGGUAUAUCUUCUCAAGGGAACCUGAGGCGGAUAAUCUGGCCUUUCCUCCUAGGAGUACACGAAUGGAACACCAGCUCCAAAGAAAGGGAAAGGAAAUGGGAAGCCAAACGAGCGCUCUAUCAACAAACAAAGGACGAGUGGUGUGGCGUUCCUGAAGUAUUUGAUCGUCCAGAUAUCGUAGAGGAGCGUCACCGAAUUGACGUGGAUUGCCGUCGAACAGACAGGAAUCAGCCCUUAUUUUCUGCUCCAACUCAGUCUUCUAGCGACAAUAGUGACGAAAUAAAACACCAACGGUAUUCUACUAUUUCGCCCCAGAUGAAUGACAUCGGUGCACAAUCCCCCAGUAACGAGCAUAUCGACCGGUUAGCUGGCAUCUUGCUGACGUACAAUUUUUAUGAAAAGAGUCUUGGUUACGUCCAGGGCAUGUCUGAUCUUUGUGCCCCUUUGUAUGUCGUGUUGGGUUCUGAUGAAGAGCUUACCUUUUGGUGUUUCGUGGAGGUCAUGGAUGGCAUGAAACAGAAUUUCCUCCGAGAUCAAAGUGGGAUGAAGAGACAGCUGACGAUGUUGCAAGAGCUCAUCAGUGUUAUGGACCCGGAGCUGUAUCGGCAUUUAGAGAAAACCGAUGGUCUCAACCUAUUCUUCUGCUUUAGAUGGGUCCUUAUCGCUUUCAAACGUGAAUUUCCGUUCGAUGACGUCCUUCGACUCUGGGAAGUUCUCUGGACUAAUUAUUAUAGCAACAAUUUCGUCCUUUUCGUGGCACUUGCUGUGCUAGAAUCUCACAGAGAUAUGAUCUUGCGAUACUUGGUCGAGUUUGACGAACUACUAAAGUACUGCAACGAGCUCAGCAUGACGAUCGAACUUGAUUCUACCCUCGCCCAAGCAGAAGUCUUGUUCUUAUCAUUCGCUCAACUUGUCGCCGACAUCGAUCGACGUCGGGCUGAAGAGUCUAGUAAUACCAAGUCUACUGAUGGGCUACGACGUCGGGGGACAACGGGGAACAUUGGCACUAUCAGCACGAGCACGGUCGCGAAGAUAUCCAUACCUGCUCUGAGCGACAAUCUAAGAGAUUUCUUGAAGAUGGAAAGUUAGCGGUCAGUAGUUCGUUAUAUUGUUUUUGAGGGUUUAGUUUCGUUUCCGCGCAUAUAUUUGUAGCAAUAAACAAUUGAAAUGCAGCAUAUUUACAAAGCGUAGGUUGCAAAGGACGCUCAGGCCUGGUCCAACAGCAUGUACAUAUGGCAUAACCUGAUUUAUAGAACUACGAAUGCACGCUGCCAAAGGAAGUAUACAUCGUGGCUGCAAAAUCUCACGUGUAAAUGGAUGCUUUCCAAGUAAAUCGUAAAUAAUUAUUAUUACUAGUGUCCUUGUGAUCCGCAAUAAGCACUAAACCUGACGGUAUCGAGAGUAGUCCAUGGAGUGAAAACGUUAUACUAUGUUCUGCCAUUACUCGUAUGGUGGUCUUCCUCCCUCCAUAUCUCCUCCAAGGGACCAGGAUCAGGCUUUCGGACAGUCCCAUUCAUCAGCUCUACGUUGUCGCCACCCAUCUCGCUGCUAUCCCUAUACCCAUGAUUGUGCGGCAAAGUAGUCUCUGUGUGGUAGGUGGGCAGAACUUCAUCAUCGCGUGCGAUACGAGGCGAGUAUGGGCUAUGAGAGUUUGGAGAGGCGAGAUCGGGGUAGUAUUGGCGGUAAGUAAAGUAUGAUACGACGAGUCCGAGGAUGGAGCCGGCUAAGACGUCCUGCCAGUGAUGCCUGUAGUCCAUUGUGCGGGAGAUCGCGACUAGACUAGCACCAGCGAGAGGGGCUACUGAUAGCCCGUGACCCCUUUUAUCAAACAAAUGGAGCUUUCCCGCUAGGUAAAACGAU